UUGUGAAACUCAGGGCCUUACUCUGAUAUGAACACCAGGGGGCAGAUUUCACUACACGUCAGUCUGAAUGACACUACAGCACGAUCUUUAUAAUCCCCUGCCCCAUGUGACAGAAUCAAUAUUUUCUAAUAGCAGCCUUUUCCCUACAAAUUAUCAGCUGUUGAAUUCUGCCAUGUAUUGAUUAGCUGUUUGUUUGAGGCACAUGAAGUUCUGAAGUCCAGUGAUUCACUGCUGAUUAACAGGAUGAACAAACACACAAUCACAUGGACACACACACCACAGGAGACAACACAGGCAGAUAAAGGUGCGAUCAGAACUUUUUCUUUUGUAGCGUUGUGGGAGACUAUUUCCAAAACCCAGUGUAGUCACAUGAGCUCGUGCAGCAGCAGCCAGGUGGACAGACAGAGGGUCCACAGGAUGCAGGAAGCAGUGAGUCUGGUCUCUCUGCUGGUCCUGGGGUCAGCCGGGACCAUCCAGGGGUCGGUCCAUGUGGUCCCACAUGCUCCUACCCACUCACAGGAGGACUUUGAUCUGUCCCGGUUCAUGGGGCAGUGGUUUGAGGCGGCAGUGGUCUCCACCUGUCCUCACUACAUGCAGCGCAAGAGGGGAAACCCCGUCAUCGUUGCAGUGCAGCUGCAGCACGUUGCUUCUGAGAGCAACUUCACAAUGACGGCAACUACCAUCAGGAAUGGCUCAUGUAAGCAGACGUCCACAGUUUACGGUUUGACCUACACUCCAGGACGAUUCUUCCACCAUGUUGCCAGGCUCGGAGCAGACGUCGAUUCCCAGGUGGUUCGAACCAACUAUGACGAGUACGCAAUGAUGCUCCUGCUGAGCACGGAGAAACCGUCGGGAAACAAAACCACCAUAGUCAAGCUUUACAUGUGUGUGAGCCCUUCUUCAGGUCGCACUAAGGACGUGAGUCCUGCCGCGCUGGACGACUUCCAAACACUGGUGAGACGACAUGGAAUGAGUGAAGACACUAUCAUCACGAAUCAGAACAAAGGUGACUGUGCUGCAGGUGAGCCGCUGACGGAGCCAACCUCUCAGCCUCGGCCACCUGCCUGAAAUCACAUUUACAUACUGGAACCACGCACCUGCGUCUGUGAUGAAUAAUCAAACAUGUUAUAAACAUGUCAAAUGCAAACGAAAUGUUUUGAUUGUUAAUUUUUCCAAAUCAAAGUUAACAUUUUUGAUUCCCAGAAAAUGAGGUCGCAGAAGAAAAUGAGGUCGCAGAAGAAAAUGAGGUCGCAGAAGUUGCUUUGUGAAGAAGCAACUUUACACUGCUUGUUUACCACGGCCUUGUGGGAGCCGUAGUUCCAACAUGGAUCCUACUCCAGAGGUCACAAUACAUGCUCGUAGAAUUUGACUAGAUACGUUCUCGUAAAAAAGGCCCACCAGGUGACAUUCGCUGUGUGAACUUCACGCAUUUAUGACAUAUGCAAUAAAACAGGAUGAAAUAUUAUGGGUUUUGCUCAUUUGUGUCUCUGAUUGAGACAUUUAUUGAUUUGUUGGUGUUGCCAAACCUCUGUCCAAUGUUUAGGAAGUCAGCAAGUCAGAGUUAGAACUUUGGUCUUUUACUUGUUUGUAUUUUACUUGGCUGUGGGAGUGU